AUGCCGCGUACAUGUGCUCACGCCGUCCCACAGAAUGUUUCCUACGGUGGCAAUGACUCCGAUGGAGAAGCCUACACUCCUCGCACCCCUCGCAGGACCCCGAUGGCCUGCGUGUUCUGUAGAGGUCGCAAGCUGAAAUGCGAUGGUCGGACCACGUGUGCUAAUUGUCAUAAACGUGGCCUGCUUUGUUCUUAUGUUCCAGUGUGA